AUGCUGAUUGGGGCUGGAUUUUUUUGGAAACUCGUGCGAGAUGGGCAAAUAUCGUUGGGCAAUGGUAUGGCAUGCCUCCAAAAUACAUGUUUGGGUUGGAUUAUUUCUGGAGACUUCCAAAAUAAUAUAUCUGGUGGGAAAAAUUCUAAAACUAUUUGUAAUUUUGCAAUGGAUUUGGAUGUGCAACAUCAGUUGCAAAAGUUUUGGCAAUGGGAGGAACCAGGAUUGACAAAAAAUGAGAAUUUGUCUUCUGAGGAGGUAAUGUGUGAACAUUUGUUUGUUUCUACAACUUCUCGUGGUGAGCAUGGUCGAUUUGUGGUGACUAUUCCUUUGAAAGAUUCUAUAGAUAAACUUGGAUAUUCAAAACAGAUGGCUUUGCAAAGAUUAUUUUCCUUAGAAAGAAGGUUUCAAAAAAGUGAGUCGUUGCGUAAGCAAUAUGGCGAAUAUAUGGCCGAAUAUGAAAGAGUGGGCCACAUGACUAAGACUAGUGAUUUUCAGGAGGAUGAGGUGUCUUUCUUCCUUCCACAUCAUGGAGUGAUUAAAGAGGACAGUUCUACCACAAAAUUAAAAGUUGUGUAUGAUGGGUCGGCACAGUCAAGCAGUGGCGUCUCCAUUAAUGACUUACAAUACGUUAGACCUAAAAUUCAGGAUAAUUUGUUGUCGAUUCUGUUACGAUUUGGGCAAAACAAGGUGGCAAGGUGGCAAAACAACAUCUAG